CCGGUACUUCCCUCUGUUCUUCCUGCCAUUAAAGGAACUCAGUGCAUCGGUCAAGUCUCUGCUCCUCUCGCUUCUUCCCGCCCCUCAUCCUUUGCCAGUCAAGGCCAGGCGCCGGUCAGAAGGCUGUAGAACCUCGCACACAGGAUGCAUGAUUGACAUCCAGUAGUGGGUUCUCCGGCUGAGGAGCUGUGGAAGCAGAGCCUGGAAUUUGGCAGGGCUGGAACAGAAGCGAUUCAUGAGCUUCCAAGUCCCUAUAACCCCGAAAGACUGUUGGUCAGCUGCCGCAGUGUGACCAGCGACAUCGGCGUCCAACAGUGACUCAGACGGCACUCCCCACUCAAAACUAAAAGUGGGAAGAGAUCGAGUCAGCUUUCGGUAUUACAGAAUGGCAGCCACUGAGACCGACCCUAAGGCUGUCUUGGUACUUCCUGUUUCUCACGCUCUAGAUUUUAACCUCUGGGGCUGUUUGUGUGCAUGCCCCCUCCGCCAAUGAAAGCAAGGUUCACCAGCCACUCUCAGCCAAGAAGUAGUUAACAAGUAUAUUCCUGUAGACGCGUUGGUUUGCACCUGAGAAAGUCCCAGGAGAAAAAGUCAAGAUUUGCCCCACCACCACCCCUUAAACAUCUGGAGGGGACCCUUAUUUCCAUAAAUUUGACUCUGAUGAAGUACGGGUCAUAAUUUAGCAAAUCUGCUUGUUGCCUUUUUUAAAAGAACGCCAGAGGCUGCAGCCUGAGAAUUAAGAGCCAGGCAGAGUUAACAGGGAAGCCAUGGAAGCAGCUGAAAAAGAGAAAAUCAGUGUUGAAGAUGAAGCUGUGGAUAAAACCAUUUUCAGAGACUGUAGUGAAAUUGCUUUCUACAGGAGACAGAAGCAGCAGCUCUCCAAGAAUACCACCUACCAGGCAUUGUUAGAUUCAGUCACAACAGAACAGGACAGCACCAGGUUCCAAAUUAUCAAUGAAGCAAAUAAGAUUCCUCUCCUGGUUGAAGUUUAUGGUAUAGAGAAAAACAUUUUCAGACUUAAAAUCAAUGAAGAAACUCCACUGAAACCAAGGUAUGAAGUUCCUGAUGUCAUCACCAGCAAGCUAAGAACAGUAAGGCUGGACUCAUGCUCAGGGGAUGCCAGCAGCCUGAUACUGACAGAUGGCAAGGGAGAUCUGAAGUGUCAUAUCUCAGCAAACCCAUUCAAGAUAGACUUGGUGUCUGAGAACGAGCCUGUGAUCAGCAUCAACUCCCUGGGCCAGUUGUUCUUUGAGCACCUACAGAUUCCUCACAAGCAAAGCAGAGCUACCAAAGGGAACCAGGGGAAUGCGCCAGCUGACACCUCUCAGGAAAAUCAAGAAGACCUAGGCCUGUGGGAAGAGAAAUUUGGAAAAUUUGUGGAUGUCAAAGCUAAUGGUCCUUCCUCUAUUGGUUUGGAUUUCUCCUUUCAUGGAUUUGAACAUCUCUAUGGUAUCCCUCAACAUGCAGAAUCACACCAACUUAAAAAUACUAGGGAUGGAGAUGCAUACCGCCUUUAUAACCUAGAUGUCUAUGGAUAUCAAAUACAUGACAAAAUGGGCAUUUAUGGUUCGGUGCCUUAUCUCCUGGCCCACAAACAGGGCAAGACUGUAGCCAUUUUCUGGCUAAAUGCCUCAGAAACACUAGUGGAGAUCAACACAGAGCCAGCGGUUGAGUACACACUGACCCAGACGAGUCCAGCAGCUGCCAAACAAAAGGUCAGGUGUCGAACUGAUGUGCGCUGGAUGUCAGAGAGUGGAAUCAUUGAUGUAUUUCUGCUGACAGGACCUACACCUUCUGACAUCUUCAAGCAGUACUCGUCCCUCACAGGCACACAAGCCAUGCCCCCUCUCUUUUCCCUGGGUUACCAUCAGUGCCGCUGGAACUAUGAAGAUGAGGAGGAUGUGAAGGCAGUGGAUGCAGGUUUUGAUGAGCAUGACAUUCCAUAUGAUGUCAUGUGGCUGGACAUAGAGCACACCGAGGACAAGAAAUACUUCACCUGGGACAAAAAGAGAUUCGCCGACCCCAGAAGGAUGCAAGAGCUACUCAGGAGCAAAAAACGCAAGCUUGUGGUUAUCAGUGACCCCCAUAUCAAGGUGGAUCCUGACUACUCAGUGUAUGCUAAAGCCAAAGAACAGGGGUUCUUUGUGAAGAAUCCAGAAGGUGGUGACUUCGAAGGAAUAUGUUGGCCUGGUCUCUCAUCUUACCUGGACUUCACCAAUCCCAAGGUCAGAGAGUGGUAUUCCAGCCUUUUUGCUUUUCCUGUUUAUGAGGGAUCUACGGACAUCCUCUUCAUAUGGAAUGACAUGAAUGAGCCCUCAGUCUUCAGAGGGCCAGAGCUGACCAUGCAAAAGAGUGCUAUUCAUUAUGGCAACUGGGAACACAGGGAACUUCACAACAUCUAUGGAUUUUAUCAGCAAAUGGCUACUGCAGAAGGAUUGAUACAGCGAUCUAAAGGGGAGGAGAGACCCUUUGUUCUUUCACGUUCUUUCUUUGCUGGAUCACAAAAGUAUGGUGCAGUAUGGACAGGAGAUAACACAGCAGAAUGGAACUACCUGAAAAUUUCCAUCCCGAUGUUACUCACCCUCAGUGUCUCAGGGAUCUCUUUCUGUGGAGCUGACGUGGGUGGCUUCAUUGGCAAUCCUGAGGCAGAGCUGCUGGUGCGUUGGUACCAGGCUGGAGCUUACCAGCCCUUCUUCCGUGGCCAUGCUACCAUGAACACCAAGCGUCGAGAACCCUGGCUGUUUGGGGAAGAAUACACCCGGCUGAUCCGGGAAGCCAUCAGAGAGCGAUACACCCUCCUACCCUAUCUGUAUUCUCUGUUUUACCAUGUGCACAUGUCUUCUGAACCUGUCAUGAGGCCUCUGUGGGUCGAGUUCCCUGAUGACAUAGAGACUUUCGGUGUGGAUGAUGAAUACAUGCUGGGAAGUGCUUUGUUGGUUCAUCCAGUCACAGAGCCACAGACCGCCAUGGUUGACGUAUUCUUGCCAGGGUCAAAUGAGGUCUGGUAUGACUCUAAGACAUUUGCACAGUGGAAUGGAGGAUGUACUGUGAAGAUUCCAGUAACCUUGGAUACUAUACCUGUGUUCCAACGAGGCGGAAGUGUGCUACCAAUAAAGACCAGUGUGGGAAAAUCCACAGGCUGGAUGGCUGACUCCCCAUAUGGACUCCGGCUUGCUUUAAGCAGCCAGGAUUUGGCUGUGGGGGAGCUGUACCUUGAUGAUGGCCAUUCCUUCCAGUACCUCCACCAGGACCGGUUCUUACACCGCAGGUUUUCAUUCUGUUCCGGUGUUCUGAUCAACAGGUGUGCUGAUGAGAAGGGUCGUUAUCCCAGCAAGUGCAUAGUGGAGCAGAUCUUGGUCUUAGGCCUUAGGAAGAAGCCAUCUUCUGUAACUACCCACUUACCUGAUGGUAAGGUUCAGCCUGAAGCUUUUACAUACUCCACCAAAACAUGUGCCCUGAGUCUGGAGAAGCUUUCCCUCAGCAUUGCUGAUGACUGGGAGGUCCAUAUCAGAUGAUGAGCAGGGGCACUGGUGAUGAGUGUGUAAGCCUCCGGACCACCCAACCUCCUAGCCUUCUGUGAGAUCUGUGCUGCCAUCCAGAUUGCUUCCCUGGAAAAAAUUAUAUAUUGCUUAUCUCUAACAUACUGAUGACCAGUAGAUUUCAGAUUUGAAGAUUUCAGGUGCAGUGGCCCACUCCAGCAAUCACAGCACUCGGGAAGCUAAGGCAGAAGGAUCAUAAG